UGUGACACUUCCGUGUUUUUAGCCAUGCUGCAACUGAUCAGGAGUCUGCUGAAGUGUUUCUGUACCGUUUGAUUUGUGCAGCAGCUGAGGUGUGAGGGCAUAGCUGAACUGGUGUUACUCGCCGGUUGUCAGCCCUGCCAGCCAAGGUCGGAGGUGAAAGGCGCUCCAAGGAAUACACCAUUAUUGUGACUACCAUUUCACACAUGCCUGCACACACACAUACAUGAAGGCGGCCACAGGAGAACAUUCCACAACAGCAAAGAGCUGGGCUGCAUGAACAUCCUGAGGAAACAACACUCACUUCCUGGCAAAUUAAGCCAAGCCAACGGCUGCACUGGUUGAUAACCGCCGCCACUGGCUGACCACUGAGUGGCUGAGGUAAAGCACCACCUUAGUGUCCGCUCCCGCCCGCCCACCAGUAUCAGAUCUGCCCCCCCAUACACAGCCCGUCAGACACCAUAUUCACAAGUCCGUUAACCUCCAGCACAGCCAGCAGGAUGGGCCUCCUGAUACUGCUAACCUCCACGCUCCUGUGCAGCUACUUCCAUCCAGGAACAGUGGUGGAUGCUCAGCGAUUGUUCACAUUAAGGGAAAUCACCCUGACCAUCGAGCCCAGUAACGAUGUGACGCGGGGCACCAAUGUGACUCUGAGAUGCAAGGCCUCCGUCUCUAGUUCAGAACCUGGGCUGCGUCGCGAGUACACUAUAUACAAGGACAACAACCUAAUCUACAACAAGACCAGCAUCUUAGAGGAGAUCCUCUACCCCCUGGGUGAGGCCAGGGUCGCCAACAGCGGCAAAUAUAGGUGUGAAAUCAACAUUGACAACAAACCUCAGAAGCCCAGCCAAGCCAUGAAACUCACAGUAUCAGGUCUGUCAAAACCACAGCUCCAUCUUAACAAGUUUGAGGUCAAAGAAGGGGAGGAGGUAACGGCCACAUGUACGGCUCCCGGUGAGACGGGCUCAUUUUACUUCUACAUCUACGAGGACUCUAAUGAAAUCAAGGAGAAGCAGGUCAGCUCCAACCAAGCAGAGUUCAAGCUUCGCUUCAGCAGUGUUAACACGCGCAGAAUUCACUGUACCUAUACCAUCCUCAUACCGCCAGACUCUGUCAAGUCAGAGGAAAGCAACAAUGUCAACGUUUCAGUCGAAGAGCUGCCCAUUACAAUACAUUUGGAUAUUAACCCUGAGAAUGACGUCUAUGAAGGAGACCAACUUAACAUCUUGUGCAAAGUCAUCAACUCUGAGCACAGUCAUGAAAGUGUCAGACUCCUCCUGAUCCAGGGGACCCAGAUUCUCAGAAGUGGAGUCACCAACGUCAGCCACAGCAUGGUAGCGCAGGCAAACGACCCUGAGGAGUUUGAGUGCAAAUUAGAAAUGGGAAAUGUGGUGAAAACUGCCACAAAGAGGAUUUCAGUGAUAGAGUUGUUUUCAGUGCCCACUCUCACCAUGUCUCCAGCUGAAGUCUUUCAGGAGGAAGAUAUGACACUGACCUGCAAAACUGAGCAUUAUGCCUCCGAAAGAAUCAGAAAGGACGAGUUGAUUUACACUCUUGAUCCACCCCAAACCCGCGACAGAAAAGGAGUAUUUUCUAGAAAGUCCCUGUCGUUUGAAUCCAUCUAUACCUGUGUGGCCGAAGCCAGGGGCAUCAGGAAGAGAAGUAAAACCCUGACUGUACGCCCCAAAGUUCUUGUCUCCAGACCAAAGAUCUCUGUGGUCGGCAGGGCAGUCCUUGGACAACCCGUCAAGAUCCUCUGUCAGUCGGACAGUGGCAGCCUGCCAAUAAACUACACCCUGUUCAAAGGCCCCAGCGAAGUGCGCACAAUCAGCAUCAAGCUGCGUUUUCAACAAGCUCUCUUUGAAGUCAACAUCACCGAGCCUGAGGACAUAAAGAAGUACAUCUGCAAUGCAAGCAAUAGUCACAGACACAAUCAUAAUCAUAGUGAGGAACUCAACGCUACUCUCAUAGUACCUCCGUCGCACGCAGUUCUGAUGGUUGUCCCAGAUUUCCGAGAAAUUUAUGAGGGACAACAUCUCUACCUCCUUUGUCGUGUUGACGGCACACCGCCGGUCACUUUUAAAUGGUACCAUGUAGGCAAUAACCUGCCGCUGUAUACCAACACCUCCAAUGAGGACAACAGCAGGUACGAGGUACCAUCAGUGUCUAAAGAGCACAGCGGCAGAUACUACUGCGAGGCGUUCAACCACGCCAACAAAGUCGUCCGCAGUGAGCAGGUCACGAUAACAGUGCAAAUGGUCUUGUGGAAGAAAGCUCUGAUCGGAGGGUUCUGUCUGCUGGCGGUUUCAGUGUUGGUGGUGGUGUGUGUGCUCUGCUUCAGAUCCAAGAGAGGUAAAAGAGAUGGAGCUGCUGAAUUGUCAGUCCUUCAAGCCCUAAAUCAGAUGACUCUUUAACAGUGACUCUAACCCACGACACAGAGGUUUAUAACGCAGACAAAGGUAGCUUGAUUUAACUAUUCUCCUGUGUACCACUGACUGUCUCUAUCAGUCAUCAUGUUAACAGCCAUUGGUCAUCUCUCCUGCCUCAACAGUCAUGGCAUGCUUCCUGUUGUAGCCACAGCAACCCAUUUUCAUCCCAUGAUCCAUGUUCAAAUAUGCAUGCAGGGCUCAUGGCUACUUUUGUUUAUGUAACUGUCUGUGUUGCCUUCCAGUUGUAGAUAUCCUGUUGUAGUUUACGUGCAUGCACAACAUAUGUACCUUGGAGCAUACUGCCUUUGUCUGUCUCUGACAUGUUUGCAUGCUCAUUGUGUUUGUGUCUAUGUAUUGAAGAGGCAGGAAAAGUUGCCUAUAGGAUGCAGUUGUCAUAGGAAGUAAACUGAAGUACCAGCCGUGCUUACGCAGGAAGGAGCCACUUAAGUGGUUCAAUCAUAGCACAUGGCAUUGAUUGUCAAUUGUUGCUUAGGGCGCUCAUUAUCAUCUUCUUCCAGACGCAGCGCUACUCUAUGAUGGCACAGAGGGGAGAGUGACCAAUGGGGUGCGAGAUAGUACGGCGUCGCUUCCCGCUGACAUCAGCAACAGGAGCAGCUACAGUAUCCCAGCCACAGUGUAGAGAUGCCCCACUAUGGGCGGGACUGAAUUACAUUUUCUAAAAUACUUUCAAAGAAGGGAGCAGUAAUUCUGAUGCCAGUGUGGUGGGAUUUGGACACUGUCUUCACUGAUGAGUUCUCUCAGUGAAAAGGAGGGGCGUGUUAUGAAAACUAAAUAAACCAAGGACCCGCUGCUCCCUCUCCCCUCCUCCUGCAAUCUAGAUGGCCUCUGAAUUUAUACUUAACAUUCAUGUCUUUGUCCUUUUUGUCUUAAUUUGUUUCAUGUCCUUUAUUGUUGCAACUGCUCUAUGUGUGUGAUGUGCAUGUUUAAAUGGGCUUGGUGACAGAUUCAUUUGUAUAUACAUUUUAUCUCCGUCACAGGAACUGUUUGUAUAUAUUUUUGGUUGAUCCCUUGACUGAGUGGAAGAGACACAUAUAGAAUAAAGACAUUGGUUUUAUUUA